GUCCUCCCGCAGUCCUAGAGCGACGCUAAAGUGAACCGCGGAGCGAGAGUCGGAGAUCAGCAAAGAGCUAAGACGGAGCUUGACAGCGUUUGGCCCUUCCUGCCGGUCGUUGGAGCGGGGUAUCCCUGAGGAGGCAGUCAAAAGAAAGUUCUCCAGAACAGAGAGAGCAGUCUGAAGCUGGGGAUGGCAACAGCAUUGGUAACCACUCCUUCCCCGGCUCCUCUGAAUCUGAAGAAGGAGGGACUUCACUUAGUGAAGGAGGAUUACCGCUCUCCUCGGGAACAGGGGGCCAAGCUGCAAGGAAACGGCGCAGGCCUCGGGCAGGAGCCACUGUGCAAACAGUUCAGGCAGUUGCGCUAUGAAGAGACCACAGGACCUCGAGAAGCGCUGAGCCGGCUCCGGGAGCUCUGCCGACAGUGGCUGCGGCCCGACGCCCACACCAAGGAGCAGAUCCUGGAGCUGCUGGUGCUGGAGCAGCUCCUGACCAUCCUGCCCGAGGAGCUGCAGGCCCGGGUGCGGGAGCAUCACCCAGAGAGUGGGGAAGAUGUGGUUGUUGUACUGGAGGAUUUGCAGCCAGAACUGAGAGGAACAGAACAACAGGUGGACCCAAACCAGGCAAAGAAACAGAAAAUGCUUGUGGAGGAGACGGCCCCUCUGAAAGCAGUGCUGAAGCAGCAGGUCCAGACUGAGGGUGAAAUUCCCAAGCCCAAGAGACAGAAGGGUGAGGAGACAAGGAUUGAGAAUGGGAAGCUGGUUGUAGAGACAGACUCCUGUGGAGGAGUGGAAUCAUCUGGGAAAAUAUCUGAACCCAAAGAGGCUUAUUAUGAGGACUCUAACUUGGAUAGGCAGCAGGCCAAGGCCAAGGAGAAGACUGACUAUAAAUGCUCAGAAUGUGGGGAGGGGUUCAUCCAGCACUCAGACCUGAUUAAGCAUGAAGGUUCACACAGGGGAGAAAAGCUCUGUGAAUCUGAAGUGUGUCAGAGUUCUAGUCUUACUGGACAUCAGAAAAUCCACUCUAGAGAGAAGGGUCAUCAGUGUCAUGAGUGUGGGAAAACCUUUCAGAGAAGUUCACACCUUGUCAGACAUCAGAAAAUCCAUCUUGGCGAGAAGCCUUAUCAGUGCAAGGAGUGUGAAAAAGUCUUUAGCCAGAAUGCAGGCCUUUUGGAACAUCUCAGAAUCCAUACUGGAGAGAAACCUUACCUGUGUAUCCACUGUGGAAAGAACUUUCGGCGCAGCUCUCACCUUAAUCGACACCAGAGAAUUCACAGUCAGGAGGAGCCCUGUGAGUGCAAGGAGUGUGGGAAAACCUUUAGUCAGGCCCUACUCCUCACCCACCAUCAGAGAAUCCACAGCCACUCCAAAAGCCAUCAGUGUAACGAGUGUGGGAAAGCCUUCAGUUUGACCUCAGACCUUAUUCGACACCACAGGAUUCACACUGGAGAAAAACCUUUCAAGUGUACCAUAUGCCAGAAAGCCUUCCGACUAAACUCACACCUUACUCAGCACGUGAGAAUCCACAACGAGGAAAAACCGUACGAGUGUAAUGAAUGUGGAGAAGCCUUCAGACAGAGAUCAGGUCUUUUUCAACAUCAGAGAUAUCACCACAAAGACAAACAGGCUUGAUGAGGUGUCCUCUCCUUACGGACCAUCAGAGACAGUACAUUAACAAGCAAGCCGGCACUUCAGGAAAGGCACUCUAGCCAACUCUGGCAGAGAACUCUUGGGGACCAAGUUGGAGGCUAUCUGCCUCCUCUCUCUUUCCUUCGUUUUCCUUGUUGUCAGCUUUGGGCCACAGUAAUUUGACCCUAGACCCUGGGGGAUCAAAGGUAAAUAGCAUUCUUUACUGCAGGACUUCUCAGAGCCUUUAGUAUGCUAAAUGCAUAGCUAUGCAACUCCAAGUAGU